CCGCGGCCUAGUCCCCCGGCUCCUGGCCCCCACCACUCCCGCAGCCCGGGGGUCUCGGUGCCCCCAGCCCCGGGGGUCCCUUCUCCAGUGUCCCCCAGCCUCAAUCCCCCCCCUGCUCGGGGGUCCUGCCUGCCCCCAGUCCACCCCCCAGCCUGGAGGUUGCAGCCCCCCAGCUCUGCCCUGCUGUUCCCACCCUGGUUGCCCCAGCGCCCUUGCCCCCGGCAUCGGGCAAGGGAGCCUCUCCCGAGGACCCCGGGGUGGGGGACAGGGAUCUGGGUCACCCCCCAUGGAUGAGCCGGGGGAAACCCCGCUGGGGGGCCUAGAGCGGACCUCUCCAGGGGUGACCCUCACCGAAACCCUCGUCGCCAAGAGGAACCUGCCCCAGCGGGUGGAGACCCAGAGCCUGGAGAGCCGAUCUAAGGCGCUGAUGGCCCUCUCGACUGUCCGUUUGGAUCGGGAGAAUAUCUGUGCUAUUGGGAAGCUCCAGAGCCUGCAGGAGGUUCGCAGCCUCUACCUGCAGCAGAACAGAAUUGAGAAGAUUGAGAACCUGAGCUGCCUUCCCCACCUGCGGUUCCUCUCUCUGGCUGGGAACUGCAUCCGCAAAGUGGAAAACCUGCAGCCCCUGCAACACCUGCGCUUCCUGGAUUUGUCACAGAACCAGAUAGAGACAUUGGACCCAGACGAGCUGCCCCAGAGCCUCUGUCUCCUCAACUUAACAGGAAACAAAUGCACUCACCAAGAUGGAUACAGAGAGCUGGUGCUGGGAGCUCUGCCCCAACUCUUGCAGCUGGACGCCCAGCCUGUCCCUGGCUGCCUAGACCCUGCCGCAGACGAGGAAGAGGAGGAAGGAAGUUCUUCCAGCAGUGAGGACGACAAGGAUGAGUUCCUCUGUGAGCCAAGCAGCCCUUUCACUGCAGGCAAAGAUUUCUUCAUGGAUCUGCACCGGGAGCUAGCCAGGCGCUCACAGAGGAGGCAGCGGGAGGCACUGGACGAACAUGAAACCCGUCUGGAGGAGCUGGAGGAGCGUCGAGGCCUGCUGCUGCCUCCCGCACCGCUUGGCUCAGCGGACACGGAGACCUGCCUAGCCUUGAGCCAAGGAGUGGAAGGAGCCACCUUCGCUGCAGCCGCAGGCCCCAGGCAGUCCCAGCCUUGUCCCCAAGUGAAGCUGGGGUCACAGCAGUCACCACCACUGGGAGCUGGCAGCCAGGAUGCCUGCCCACAGCCACAGCAAGUUCCCAGCAGGAGCCAGCACCAGAUCAAGGCCCUGCAAGGGGAGACUUGUGCCGCAGUCCCGCUCAGGAGAGCAAAAAAAUAGGCAAUCCCCCAAACCCCCACGAGCACAGCCACCGCAUGCAGGUGGAAUUAAAGCCUCUUUAUUCCUA